UCUAAAUAACUACUGAUUAGAGAAAACGAUAAAAUCAUCUGACAGUGCAGGAAAAAUAUUUUUAAAAUAUACCAACAAUGUGGAUAUUGACUAGUCAUCAGUUGGAUUUAAUGGUUAACUUGAGUUUGACACAAGAAUUGAAUGAUUGUAGGGUUGACAGAUGACUACUUAACGAGGUAUUUAUAUUUAUUUUAAAAUGGGACAGUCCAGUAGUUUACAUUCUGGACAAAAGACGAGGAGGUCCAGUUUGAAGCAAAUAACUUUGCCGGGAUUCGGACGAAGGAGAUUUCAUAACUCGAAAAAUUUGUCUCAUACUUUUUCUGUACUUGAUGACACACUUAAGCCGCAAUUGUUAAAUUUAAAUACUGCGACUGAAGAAGAAUUGAUGACGUUACCGGGCAUUAAUCGUCAUCUAGCAGCUAAUAUUGUUAACUAUCGACGUGUUAUUGGGAGAUUCAAUCGGGUUGAAGAUCUUGCCUUAGUGUCCGGAAUAGGUGCUGAUAAAUUAGAAAGUAUUAAAAUGGAAGUAUACGUAUCUACUGGUAAUGACAGUGGUACAUCAUCUCGAGCAUCAACGAGUUUAAAUUCUGUUGGAAAUAAUAAUAAUCAAGUAGACGUUAAUUUAGCUAGUGUGUUUGACCUUCAAGUUGUACCUGGAGUUGAUCAGGAAUUAGCAUCGAGGAUUGUGGAGAAGAGAUUAAAAUAUGGAUGCUUUAAUUCUCUUGACGAGCUCGCGAAAUUGCGAGGAAUGGGAAAAUAUAAGUUAGCAAUGAUACGACCGUACCUUAAAUUAAGCAGUAUUUCAAAUGGAUCAGUAAUCCAUACCUGUAGUAAUGGAAGUCCUUCGUCUUCCUGGAACAUUCCUCAAGCUUCCAGUACACCUCGAGUUAAUAACGCGGGUCGUCGAGUCGCUCGUGUCAAUCGCGACCGAGUGACGCCUUUAAGAAUACCCCGACUAGAUGAUAGUGAAAAAAAUGUAGAAUUAAGUCCCGGGAUCACGGAGGAAGAAAUAUGGGAAUUGUUGAGUAUCGCUAGUCCACGUCCCUGCAUCGAGUACAACUUCAAUGAAUCUUUGGACCGGACAUCAAUAAGAGUCGCCUCCUGGAAUUUGAACGGUUUUAAUAGCGACAAAGCUGGCAAUCCAGGUGUCAUGGAAGUCAUCUGCAGAACCAUCUUAGAAAAUCGGAUUUCGUUGUUGGCGCUUCAGGAAGUAAAGAGUUUAGAAGCUCUGGAUAAAUUAACACGAGAACUGAACACCCCGAUACUAAAACGCGUUAAAGACUGGCGCGGUAAUCAUCGGCAAUGGCGUUCUGUACAUCUGGGUGCUGGUCUCGCUGUUUUGUGGGAUGCAUACCCAGAUAUGUGCAUCAGUCUUCGUGAACAACCUCCAGCGACAACUGUCUUUCUUCCAGUACUUGCUUCAAUUAUAUUUCACGUCAAUAAAUUCGAUAUUACUUUAAUAAAUGUCCAGAUGCACGACCCAGAAGACAAUAAUAUUAUUGAACGAUUUGUAGAUGCAAAGAACUCAAUAUUUCUCGGUGACUUUUCACUUUCUGGUGACACAUCGAAUAUUUACAACGACGUACUUUCCGAAACAAAUACGGCAUUUGACACUGAAAAAUAUAUUUUUAAGGACAAAAUUAUUUGGGGACGAGGGUCGAAAAAAUUAUUUAACACCGGGUUAUAUAGAGUUGUAAGACAAGGGCUUACACACUUGGGUAUACCGCAGUGCUGGCGUUGGGGUGGUCCUGCUUCAACUCACUGUCCAAUUUGGUGUGAAAUUUACACAGAACCCGGUGAUCCCUGAUAUUGUAUAUACUUAAAUUAUCUCCACCACGUGUUUGAACUUAAAGUGUGCCGUUUUUUUUCUUUCCGUACAACUUUUCCAAUUUAAUUGGAGGCUGUCUCGAUUACUCCUUUUGUAUUAGAUACGACGAAUUUAAUUAUUACUUAUAAAGUUAAUAUAUUAUACACAAACUUAUACAGUAAGUCAACUUGAAUAUUUUGCAGGCGAGAUUUCACUAUUCCAAAGGCCUCAGCGUGAUAUUAUUAGUCGACUUAAUUAUUAUUAUUAUUCAAUGAUAUUUAAUGAUUAAAAAAAAGAAAAAAUUCAAAUCAGUUCGUAGCAGUGUCCUUUUUUUUAAGGGUCAAGACUGACUAUUUAAUUCGAUUAAAUAUUAUAAUUGCCGUGACAGUGCGAUGCUGGUAUGUCGCAUAUAAUCAACUGUACUAUAUACUGUAAAAAAAUACAAAAAAUUUAUUUUC